UCGUUUUUAGUCGCUUAAUGUUAGAAAAAAUAAAUUUUUUCAUUGUUGUCUAUGCUCCUUCCUUAUAAAAAGCUAGGUGACCAUAGACUAAUUCUCUUUUCACAUCUAUAGCGCCUUAAGAUGUAAGUCACCUGUGUCGUCCUAAAUAAUUUUAAUUUAAUCCUCAACUCCGAAUUCAGUAAUUUACAGUCGUUGUGUGAUAUUAACAUUCUACCAUGAUAUAAUAAUAAAUUGUGCAUGACAGAGGAUUGUUUAAUUUGUGUCCGCCACCAUUAGAGAAAACCUUCCUGUGCAUUCGACUUUGCUGAAAGGUUAGUGGUCCAGACAAUGAAGGUUACAGGUUACUGUUUUAUCCCAGGAAGGGUUUAGAAAUUAGAAUAACAGGUCCUGUGUGUGCUCGAUAAGAAUAAAACUUGAUUGUUGUCGACUUAGACGAGCAUGCGGGAAAAUAACCUCAAAAUGGCGGAAUCACAAAUUCAAUCAUCUCUGCUACGUCAAUGUCAAUCGGAAGAUGAGAUGGACUGACGAGUUAAUGCUAACUAUGCUGUUAUCGUUAGAAGAUUUGUGGAAUUGCGUCGAUGGCUACGACACGAACGGCGGCGACAAUGCGAGGGCACCGGCGUGCAUCUACCCUUUUCCAUUCAACCGAUUUGUAUCAGCUAAUAAGAAAUUGUAUGAUUGUACGAAAUCUAAGGACGACUGUAGAAAGCUCGCUGACGCCUUUGAAGACUACAGACUACAGGAAAGUACUCCUACUUCGAAAGUCACACCGAGUUGAGUACCACAAUUGUACCUGCGUAUCUGUCUACACUGAAGGUGUGAUGAAGCUCGUCGCCCGGCGUGCUGAUAUAGGGAAGAAUGUAGAGGAUGACGAGGCAGCCGACAUGUUGCUCUCCAGUUUGCCAGAAAUUGUUCUAGUGUCCGGUUUGGAAACUGCUGGAUUUACAAACACACUUACUAUUGAGAUUGUCUAUGCAUUUCCUUUACAAGAAGACCAUCGAAUGAGCAACGUUCAAACUGACUAUGAUAUUUCAUCAGCAUAUUUGAUCAAGGAGAAGAUUACCAAGCUUUUAUGCUCGUGUUGCAAGCGCAAUGGAAAAGCGGCCCGCAGAUGUUUUGUGAAGAGGAAGCGUGAGGGAGCAAUAGCGAAUACAGAAGAUAAAGAAGAUAACGCACUGUGUGCUGCGGCUAACUUAGCUUGUCCCUGUCAAGAUGUCAUCGUGGCUCGUGGCGCGAUUGUUCUCCUAGCUAGUAGUCAUGAAGUUCUUCAAGAAUAUAAUAAGAAGGCAUAUUUGAUAUCUGUUGCUAGUGGAGAACUGCUUAUCGGUGAGCUUGUAGGUAAAGUUUCCCUUAGUAAGAAAACUUGUUUAUACAAUGUCAUUUUUGUGCCACAGCUGGCCAGUAAUUUAUUUUCAGUUAUUCAAGUCCCCGUAAAACAUAGUAUUGUUGUCAAUGUUAAAAUACACUGUAGGAUUUAUAAUCAAAUUUUAUGUAAAAUCACAGGCAACUGUUUCUUAUCUACUUACAAAAGUAAUGGGCUUUACAGUCUAAAAUUGCAAGUGCAGCCCAUUCCCGAAUCAGGUCACUCAGCGUCCCUUCGCUCUAGGCAGGGACUACAGAGUGCCAAUGCUGCUGUUCCCGCGCCAAUGCAUUUAUGGUAUAGUGUAGGCGUCUUGGGCUUCUGCAUCGUGAUGGUUUGUAUGUCCUGGGUGGUGGAAUUCAGUGUUGGUGUCGCUUUUCAGUAUGAACACGAUGUGCCAAGCAGCUGCGUACCGUGUCUUACUGGGAAGAUGUCUGUGACAUCUGUUCCCAGGCUGUGCAUUGGAUGUGCUGCUAAACCACUGGAACUGACCCACAGUGACUUGUUGACCAGAUGCAAGUCGGCACUCGGAAUGGAGCCCGCUUCUUGCUGACAUUCUCUGAUGACUGAGCCAGGAGGAGCUUUGGUCAUCUUAUGAAGAAUAAAGAUAUGCGGUAGUAACGCCAGAUGUGCAGUCUCCGCUCUCUGAUCAGUUCCUGUCGCUCGAUGAAGAUGGUGGUGAUGAGGGUGACGUGAACCUGCAAUUUCGACGUCUAGCGCCUAUUUUGCGUGACGCGCUUUGGUAAUUUAACAAGUAAGAAAUCAUGUAUGGGAACUGGUAGACCGGGCUAUGAAAUUAAGUGGGUUCUUAUUAGAAUUUGCAGGUAAUUUGUUGAGCUGUUAGAUAUAAAGUUCAUUUUGUUGCCUGUGGUUACAGUCAAAAGUAGGGUAAAGUUUUUUUUGUUUUGGAUAUCAAUAUGCCAAUUGUAAGACAUUAAACCCUCAGACUUUUGCUUAGUAUUUCAAAUCAGCCGGCGCUACGUUAUGGUUCGUAUAGACGUUACAUUUUUUUUUUAACGGUAAUUUUUGAUGAACCAUCUAUCUAUAUGGAGCAACCAGCUGGUUAUGAAAUAAUAUUAAAGUAUGUUUACUGAGAAAAAGCAUCGACGGCUUGAAGCAAGCAUGUCAUGUAAAAUGUAAAAGUUUACAGUUUUAAAUGAAAAUGGCUGCAAACAAAGUUAUUGCGAGCCUUAUGUUUAUGUUAAGAUAACCAAAGAUGAAUCUAUUAUCAUUAUUAUGUCUUAGCAUGAUUUGUAUAAUUUCGUUAUGGCUGUAAACAAAGUAUAAUGUGAGCCUUAUCUCUAUGCUAAGAAAUAACAAAGGUUUAAAUAUUUUUCUUAGCAUUUGUAUCUAUCAACGGCUGUAUUAAUGAACUGCUUUCAUUUUUAAAGACUAACUUUGAAAUUCAAUUUUAAAGGAUGUUUAAGGAUUGUCUUGGUAUGAAAGUAACUGUAACAUAUAAUAUCACUGUAUUAGAUCAGUUUCAUAAGGCGCAUUUUGGCUAAAUUUUACAUGAGUAAUUGUAAAUCUGUAUCUACUCUAUUGCCAGUAAACUGCAAGCUGGAUGAAUCUGAUAAGCUGUAUUUACAAGAUGAGUAAUUUUAAUCCAGACAGCUUUUAGAGCCACUUAUGUACUUAUUACUACUGUGCACCCACUCGGAUGUAUCUUACGCUUGCAGUCAGCUGAUUUUGUAUAGUACAGUCAGCAAUGUUUUUCGACUAGAGUCAUUGGCAUGUCGCUAAACGGGUUCUUAAAUAUUUAGCUGGAAUUCUAAAUUAUGGUCUUUGUUUUCAAAGAAGUAAUGAUUUAGAUAAUGUAGCUUAUGCCAAUAGUGAUUAAGCAGAUGACUGGUUAGAUCGCAGAUAUACUGGCUAUGUUAUGAAUUGGUGAAUAUGUGAAUUUGAGUAUAUUGCCAUGUAUGUAAAGAUAUCUGUUUUGUUAAGAAUUUCUUGUCCGAAAUAAUUGACAAACAUUUUGAUGUUAUCAUGUACAUAUUAAUGACAGUGCUCAUAAGUUGUUAUUAGACUUAGAAUAUUCCCAUAAUAAAAGAACUUGACAUAUUGUUUUGCGAUACAGGAUAAUAAUUAAUGUUUUUGUAUUUAUCUACAAAUAGUGCUUGCUGAUGUAUUUACUAUAAGCCUUUGUGUAUUGAGAGACAUAUAUGUUUUGUAAAGGGUUUAAAAUUGAAAUGUAUCGAAUGUUAGUGCAUUCAUUCACAUUUGAAAUUUUGUUUCUUCCUUUAUUGAUUUUAUUAACAUGUAUGUACCUGUAUAUCACGGAGCUUUUUAUUACAGGAGCAUAUAAGGAGGAGUGUUAGAAAAAAUAAAUUUUUUCAUUGUUGUCUAUGCUCCUUCCUUAUAAAAAGCUAGGUGACCAUAGACUAAUUCUCUUUUCACAUCUAUAGCGCCUUAAGAUGUAAGUCACCUGUGUCGUCCUAAAUAAUUUUAAUUUAAUCCUCAACUCCGAAUUCAGUAAUUUACAGUCGUUGUGUGAUAUUAACAUUCUACCAUGAUAUAAUAAUAAAUUGUGCAUGACA